ACUUCCAUGUUUCAUUUUCAUCACCUUCUUUCUUACCAAACUCAAGACUCAAGCCACCUCAUAAGUUUCUCAAAACUUAUUGUUUUUUAAAAAUAAGAGGCAUGCAUUGUAAUGUACGCCAAUUCUUGGCUCUUUUGAACUUCACUACUACAAAGUACAAACAUUGUGCAUUUGUUGCCAAGAAUAUUGGAUGAUCAUCAAUCAACUUGAUGGGUAAGCAAGAUUUUCCCAAGAGUCCACGUCCCGAAAACCCGAAUUCAAGUCCAGCAUCUGUGUCCAAGGAUUAUCAGUUUAGGCCUGCAGAACUGCAGAAUAAUGGUGAGCCAUUUCUUGGGAGGAGAUUGUCAGGAGGAGAAUUUAAAUGGAACAGAGAUUCUCUCUUUACUGGUUUAAAGAAUGAUUCCGUAAAAUUUGGUGCUUGCAAAGGAGGUUAUGCUGGGAAGAGGAAUACUAUUUGGCUCAGAAAAAAUGUUGGCACCAUCUUAUUAACUCUGGGAUUGAUGGGUUUUCUUUUUCUUUUGGACUCCAUUAUGGUCUCCAUUUUUAAUCCGUCUGCUGUCAACUAUAAUUCAUCUCCAAGCGGCUCUGUUGUUGCAAAGGAGAAUAAAAAUUCUUACAGUACCGAAGAGAAAGCUCCAGUACGAAUGUAUGACCGUCUCCUAAAUCUGGCUUAUAGUGCUCGUGCAGAGAGAGAGUUUAAGCAAUACCCGACAACGUUUUGGCAAGAACCUCCACAGGCAUCACGGUGGAAACCUUGUGCUGAUAGAAAGAGUGCAAAAGGGCAAGCUCGGAACAAUACUGGAUUCAUUUUGGUUAGUGCCAAUGGAGGUCUAAAUCAACAACGAGUUGCUGUAUGCAAUGCUGUUGCUGUGGCAACUUUACUGAAUGCAACCUUAGUUAUCCCCAAGUUUCUCUUUAGCAAUGUGUGGAACGAUCCCAGCCAGUUUGGUGAUAUCUAUCAAGAGGAACAUUUCGUGAAUUCACUGAAGGACGAAGUAAAUAUUGUGAAGGAGAGCCCUUCUCAUCUGCAUUCUCUAGACUUGGAAGCAAUUGGUAGUCUAAUCACCGAUGCGGAUAUUCCUAAGGAAGCAACAGCUCUUGAUUAUCUUAAUAUAGUUCUACCUCCUCUUCUGAAAAAUGGAGUAGUGCACUUGCUUGGAUUUGGGAACCGACUAGGCUUCGACCCACUGCCAUAUGAACUCCAGAAACUGAGAUGCAAGUGUAACUUCCAUGCUCUAAAGUUUGUGCCUAAGAUACAAGAAGCUGGCUCAUUGAUAUUAAAAAGGAUAAGAAAAUCUGAUGUCUCAACAAACUUGAUAGAUAAGGAAGUACUUGGAAACUUCAUCACAGAGGCUCCUUCGGAAAAUAAUAGUUCUAAAGAUGGCCCUCCAAAGUAUCUUGCUUUGCACUUGAGAUUUGAAAUUGACAUGGUUGCGUAUUCACUGUGUGAAUUCGGAGGAGGAGAAAAAGAAAGAAAAGAACUGCAAUCUUACAGAGAAAUCCAUUUUCCUCUGCUCAUUGAGCGGCUGAAACUUUCAAAGCCUGUUUCUCCAGAAGAGCUGAGGAGAACAGGAAAAUGUCCUCUGACACCAGAAGAAGCAGCCCUCGUUCUUGCUGCUCUCAAUUUCAAGCGUGACACAUUCAUAUACCUUGCUGGUUCUCAGAUUUACGGAGGCCAAUCGAGACUGCAGCCCCUCACUAGCCUCUACCCAAAUGUAGUCACAAAGGAAGACUUCCUCACACCGAAUGAGCUUGCACCUUUCAAGAAUUAUUCUUCUCAGCUGGCAGCUCUGGACUUUAUAGCUUGUGCAACUGCAGAUGUAUUCGCAAUGACAGAUUCAGGUAGUCAAUUAUCAUCACUUGUGUCUGGUUUUCGAACAUAUUUUGGUGGAGGCCAUGCUCCAACCUUGAGGCCUAGCAAGAACAGGCUUGCAACAAUUAUGUUGGAGAAUGGGACCAUAUCAUGGAAUCGUUUCGAAGAGAGAGUUAAGAAGAUGAUAGAGGAGGGUCAGCGAGUUGGAGUGAGGAGUUUUGGUCGAAGCAUUUACAGACAACCUAGGUGUAAAGAAUGCAUGUGCAAGUCUCAUUAAUGGUUUUGCCUAUGUUUUUGAAGAAUUAGUCCCCCUACCAGCACCAGGGCAUUAUAAACCUUAUCGCAGAAAAGAGGUGAGAACUGUCUGGGAAUUUUGAUUCAACUGAAUUAUUUUUUUCUCAUUUAGUUUGUAUACUCAUGUAGUUAGGCAAUGCUAUAAGAGAGAUACUUCCAUAGUCACUACACCUUUUCUUCUGCUUAAUGUAGCAUACAUUUUCCUCUAGGAAGAUGUAUAUGUUCUUGGCACCAUGUAAUUCUAGAAGCAAUUAAGAAAAAUCCACCAAUGAUACUGUCAAA